UCAGCUGGUGGUGCAGGAGAACCUCCGUGGGUUGUGUGGCCGCCUCCGUUUUGGGGCUGUUUCCACAAAAAGCCCCAGAUGAAUCGCACUGCACCCCCGAUGCCGUGCUCCCCUGCUGCUCGUGCUGGCUGAGGGCAGCGGAGGCGGUGCGGUUCGUUGGAUGCACGCGCAGCAGGGAGGUUUUGCCGGAGAUUUGUGGAUGAAAACGGCUUUAUUUGGGUCCAGGUUUCGGUGCUCGGGGCGAACCAUCGGCACCGCGUGGCUGUAGGAGGCGGCAGCGGAGCCGCACGACGCCGCGGCCUUUUUUUCCCCCCCCCCCCCCCGUUUUUUUUUUUUUUCUCUUUUCUCCUUUCUUUCUCUCCGUUUCUCGGUCCUCCGCGCCGAGUCCUCCCCGCCCGCUCUCCGCACGGGGGCGCCGUAGCAGGAAGGCGGCGCUCUAUCCCCCCUCUGUCCAGCGGCCCGCAGCCGGCACCGGGCGGCCUCAAGAUGGCGGCGCUGGGACUGCUGCUACAAGCGGCGGCCGCCUGCGGCUCGGCCGGCCCGCUGCGCCUCGGCCGCUGCUACCGCGGGGCGCGGGGGCUGUGCGCCCGCUUAGCGGAGCCCGACGGCCCGGAGGAGGCCCGGCAGGAGGACGAGGAGGAGCAGCCGCCUCCUCCGGGCGCCGAGGAGCAGAGCGGCGCCAUGGUGAAGGAUUCCAGAGACCUGUUAAAGGAAUUCCCACAGCCCAAGAACUUGCUCAACAGCGUGAUUGGACGGGCCUUGGGCAUUUCCCAUGCAAGGGACAAACUGGUGUACAUCCAUACCAACGGGCCCAGAAAAAAGAAAGUCACUUUGCACAUAAAGUGGCCUAAGAAUGUGGAAGUAGAAGGCUAUGGGACCAAGAAGAUCGAUGCUGAGAGACAAGCAGCAGCUGCUGCAUGCCAGCUCUUCAAGGGCUGGGGUUUGUUGGGGCCCAGGAAUGAGCUGUUUGAUGCUGCCAAGUACCGGCUGCUGGCUGACCAGCUUGGCUGCCCUGAUGAGAGGUGGUGCUCAGAGGGCAAAUGGCGCUCCAAGUCUGGCCCUUCCCUCGCCGACCUGUCGACCUGCUGGCGGCGGAUGGAGCCCGACGACCCCAUCCAGCCCAUGGAGCAGGGCAGGAUGCCCAAAGCCAUGAGGAGAGAAGAGCUGGAGGAAGGGGAGCUAGAGGAAGGGGAACUGGAGGAGGGAGAGCUGGAAGAAGAGGCAAUCGAUGUUUCCGAUUAUUUACCCAUGGCACAUCAGGAUGCUCGAACUCCUGGCAGAGAUGCGAGCCGAGGAGGGAGUUCCAUUGAAAUGACAGAUGACAACACUGCCAUCCGUGCUCUGACGCAGUUCCCGCUUCCCAAAAAUCUCCUGGCCCAAGUGAUUCAGAUUGCAACCUCUUCCUCCACAGUCAAGGAAUACAUGCAGUUCCGUACAGUUGGUACCAAGACCAAGAUCUGCAAGCUGACACUCCGCUGGCCCUGUCCAAUGACUUUUGCAGCCAAGGGCCGUCGUAAGGUGGAGGCAGAAAACAAAGCAGCAGCAUUAGCCUGUCAGAAGCUGAAGAGCCUUGGCUUAGUGGACAAGAACAACAACCCACUCAGCCAUGCUAUGUAUAAUAUGACUUCCCUCCGGGAGCUUGGUGAGAACCAGAGGAAGCCGUGCCACAUCAAAGUCCCUGAAGCAACCCUGCGCAAGAUUGAGAACUAUCUGAAUCAUUAUCCAGUGGACAUCAGGGAGUCCAGGCCCCGGAUUGCUGAUGACAUGAUGAACCUGAGCAAGGAGUCCGGCGCCAUCAGCGAUGCGAUCACGGGGAAGACGUACAUCCCUAUGCUGGAAGCAGAGGAAGUGCGCCUCAGUCAGAACCUGCUGGCCCUCUGGAAAAGGAGAGGAUCCUCGUGGCAGGAGAGCCACCCGCUGCCUGUGGAUCCUCACAAGGACACCAUCCUCUCAGCCAUUGAGCAGAACCCUGUGGUCGUGAUAGCAGGAGAUACGGGCUGUGGGAAAACCACGAGGAUCCCUCAGCUCCUGCUGGAACAUUACAUCCUGGAGGGGCGCGGUGCCCGCUGCAACGUCGUCAUCACCCAGCCGAGGAGGAUCAGCGCCAUCUCGGUGGCCCAGCGUGUGGCACAAGAGUUGGGUCCCAACAUGAGGAAGAACGUGGGCUACCAGGUGCGGCUGGAGAGCAAACCUCCAGCCCGGGGAGGAGCCCUGCUCUUCUGCACCGUGGGCAUCCUGCUGCGUAAGCUGCAGGGAAACCCCAGUCUGGAGGGUGUCAGCCACGUCGUGGUCGAUGAGGUCCACGAACGAGAUGUCAACACGGAUUUCCUGCUCAUCCUGCUCAAAGGCAUCCAGAAGCUCAACCCCGACCUGCGCCUGGUCCUGAUGAGCGCCACAGGAGACAAUCAGCGUUUCUCACAUUACUUUGGGGAUUGCCCUGUGGUCAAGGUGCCUGGUUUCAUGUACCCAGUGAAGGAGUACUACCUGGAGGAGAUCCUGGCCAAGCUGGGUAGGCACCGACACCGGCACUAUGAGAUAAAGCAAUCAGAUGAUGAAUGUGUCCUUGAUCUUGAUCUGAUCACCGACCUUGUACUCCAGAUUGACGCCCAUGGAGAACCAGGUGGGAUCCUCUGCUUCCUGCCCGGGUGGCAGGAAAUCAAAGGGGUGCAGCAGCGCCUGCUGGAGAUGUUGGGCUCUCAGAACAGCCGGUACCUCGUCCUGCCAGUGCACUCCAACAUCCCCAUGAUGGACCAACAGAACAUCUUUCAGCGGCCUCCACCUGGUGUCAGGAAGAUUGUCCUGGCCACCAACAUCGCUGAGACCUCCAUCACCAUCAACGACAUCGUCCACGUGGUGGACAGCGGCACGCACAAGGAGGAACGCUAUGAUCUGAAGACCAAGGUGUCUUGCCUGGAAACAGUGUGGGUGUCCAAAUCGAACGUCGUGCAGCGGCGAGGGCGCGCUGGCCGCUGCCAGUCGGGGUUUGCCUACCACCUCUUCCCUCGCAGCCGCCUGGACAAGAUGCCAACCUACCAGGUUCCAGAGAUCCUGCGCACCCCGCUGGAGAACCUGGUGGUUCAGGCCAAGAUCCACAUGCCAGAGAAAACAGCAGUUGAAUUUCUCUCCAAGGCUCUGGACAGCCCUGACAUCAAAGCUGUGGAUGAAGCAGUGAUUUUGCUGCAGGAAAUUGGGGUGCUGGACCAGCGAGAAGCCCUCACCACUUUGGGCAAACGCCUUGCCCAGAUCUCCACAGACCCUCGGCUGGCAAAGGCCAUCGUCCUGGCAUCCAUCUACCGCUGCCUCCACCCGCUGCUCGUCAUCGUUUCCUGCCUCACCCGGGACCCCUUCAGCAGCAGCCUGCAGAACCGUGCGGAGGUGGACAAGGCCAAGGCAGUUCUGAGCCGGGAGAGCGGGAGCGAUCACCUCGCCUUUGUCAGAGCUGUGGCAGGCUGGGAGGAGGUGCUGAGACGCAGAGACAGUCGUGCCAGGGACAACUACCUGCAGGACUACUACCUGUAUGGCCCCAGCCUUCGCUUCAUCAACGGCCUUGUCAAGCAGUUCUCAGAGAACCUCUACGAAGCCUUCCUGGUGUCCUCCCCAUCUGACUGCACCAUGCCUUCAUCUGUAUGUAACCAGUACAGUGAAGAGGAGGAACUGGUCAAGGGAGUCCUCAUGGCCGGACUCUACCCCAACCUCAUCCAGGUGAGACAAGGCAAGGUGACCCGCCAAGGGAAGUUCAAGCCCAACAGCUACGCGUACCGGACAAAGGCUGGCACUGUUCUGCUUCACAAGUCAACCAUCAACAGGGAGGCCUCCAAGCUGUACAGUCGCUGGCUGACGUAUUUCAUGGCGGUGAAGUCCAACGGAGGGGUGUUUGUGCGGGACUCCUCCCAGGUCCACCCGCUGGCUGUGCUGCUCAUGACUGACACGGACAUCCACGUCCGAGACGAUGGCUGGCGAGCGACCGUCUCCCUGACGGACAGCGACCUCCUGGUGCUGGAGGGAGACUCGUACACCAUCCGCCUGCUGCGCGACUUCCGCGUCUCGCUCUCCAAGAUGGUGGAGACGUGUCUGUGCUACGAGAUGGCGGCCAUCCCCGGCGACCUGCACCACCAGCACAGCCAGCUGCUCGACAUCCUGGUGGAUCUGCUCAAAGGCCCUCCCGGCAGCUUCGGCGCCUGAGGCGGAGCCGGAGGAUUUUGUGGGGACUUGUAAUUUGUAUAAAGAUGUUCACAAAUGUUUAUUUAAAUAAAAGUUCUAUUUAUCCCUUGUGAAGUCAUCUCUCUCCAUCCUAGAAGAUUAAUGUUGUCUGAUCUCCUGCUGUCGGCUCCGUGCAUGGUCACCAGGAGGAACAACCGGCACAGCACCGCCCGCCGCGGACUGGAAGCGCCGAUGGAACCGUUGGGCGAAGCUCACCCUGAACUGGACCACAAGGAUGCGGCUGUGCCGUCCUCUGCCCAUCCCCACAGGGCCGGGAGGGAGCAGCGCUGGGGCAGAGCUGAGCUUCUCCAGUUCUGGAGGGCGGAUCUCAGCCGUCGGAUGCAGCAGCAGCAGCAGCACAGCUCCAUGGCUCCGGUGCAGGCAGCAGCCCCAGCCCGGCACAGGGGAGGAAGGCCCGGAGGCGACGCUCGGCACGGGAUCGCUGAAGCCGUGGGAUCCGUGGUGCCUUGGCACCCUGUGAGAUGUGACUCGUUGUUCCCGAUCUGCCUGUACUUUUUGUCUCUUGCAUUGUUCUUAUGAUUUUGUAUGAUUUCUCGUCCUCCCCACGUCGAGGAGGUCGGAUCCCUGUCCUUGUGCACCACAGGACACCACUGUAGCUGUCAGUGUGCCUGCGAGCGCGGCUCCUGCAGGCGGCCAGGAGCACUGGGCACAGAGCCUUUGUUUUCUACGAGCGGGGACCACGUUUGUGCAGGAGGAGGACUGGGACGGGCACAGCAGUGAAGGAGCUCUGGAGUUCAAUCCCAGCUUUGCCACGCAUUCCCUGUCGGUGUCACCUACCUCACAGGGCUGUUGUGAGGCUUCGUUCCGUUCGGCCCCUGUGGGCGCUGGGCUGCAGGCAGUGCUGGGGGUGACGCUGAGGGCCCACACCUUUGUUUUUAUUCACCAUUUCUUACGCUCUUUGUACCUGAAGUCAGCGCCGGGGCCCCUUUUUGUUCUGCACUGCGAUUUCAUUUCCUCCUCACGGCCUUUCAGGAGCGGAGCUGCAGCCCUGGCCGUGCGAACUGAUGGGCGGUGAUGGGCGCAGCGUGCGGAACUCAUUCAUUUCACUUGCUUGAGGUUGUCACUCUGAUUUGAGCAGUGUUCGUUUCUUUCAGCCUGUAUAAGGGGCAGUAUGGGUUUGGUUUUUUUUUGUUUUUUUUUUUUUUCCCUUCCAGCAGGUUUAAGAAAAAAAAAAGACUAAGCUAUUGUCUAAAUGGUUCAGAACUAGUGUGAUAUUGGGAUACUUCAGUGGCUGUUAUGUGAUACUGGAUCUUUUUACAACAUAGAUUAAAGACAAUAAAAAGGGAUAGAGUAGUAA